CAUAGGGAAAUUUCUAUCUUCAAAUCUGGUAAGUUUUUGUACUUUUGUGAUGAAAUGAAGAGAUUAAUGCUCACCAUUUUACUUUUACUUUUGAUAUUUGAUAUAUCUAAUGCUUCUUCAAAGAAGGGGUUGGCACUUUCCGGUGGUAGUGCAUACAUGUGCGGAGAUGAGUUUGCUUUUACCAAUGUGCACUGGUGGUACGACUGGCACAUGUCACCAUGGGAACAUCAUAAACUAAAUUGUUCAAAUACUAUAAAGUCAGGCUACGUACCAAUGGUAUGGGGAAUUCGUCCACAUGUUGAUACUCCAGUAUACAUACUGGAUCAAGCUCAUUAUGUACUAGGCUUCAACGAACCGAACUUUCCGCAACAGUCCAAUAUAACUCCACAAGAUGCAGCAACUCAUUGGAAGACAAUAGAAAAUAAAGGCCAUGGUAAAGUGUUAGUGGCUCCAGCAGUAGCGCCCUGUACUCAUUGUAAUAUGAAUCCGUUUGAAUGGCUGGAUCAAUUUUUCCAACAUUGCAAUGGCUGUAAAGUUGAUCAUAUUUCUACUCACGCGUAUUGGUGUCACGCUGAUCAGAUCAUGACAUAUCUUAAACAAUUAUGGGACAGAUAUCACAAACCCAUAUGGCUGACGGAAUUCGCUUGUCAAUAUAGUACUUCAACUACUACUCAACUGCAUUUUAUGAAGGAGAUUCUUCCGCAAUUAGAAGCUGCAUCCUAUGUCUACCGAUAUUCGUGGUUUAAUAGUAGACGAACCGGAAACGCACAUACAACAAAAGCUGUUAGUCUCCUCCAUCAACAUUCCCCGACACUGACAACACUUGGACAAUACUACAAUAACUUCAUGUAAUGAAUUAAAAAAUAAACAAUAAACAUCGUUCCAGGUAUGGGAAAUUUUGGAAAAAUGAGAUUUCUUUAAAUGAUUGAAAGUAAAAUUCAUUUGAAAAUAGGUUGGGAUAAUCAUUUAAUCAGUCUAAGACAAUGAACAAUUUGCAAUGAUUAAAUGUUGUACCAGUUCGUCAUGACUAUUGUAAAUAAAGACAACAGUAGUUUACCGCCGUUGGAAAGUUAUAAAUCUAAUGACAAAAACACAUCCGGCUUACAAACUAAAACUGCGAGAAACACAUAAACUAUAAGAGGAGAACAACGAAACAGCA